AUGAACGUACAGAAGGCCAUUCAGAGGUUAGGAAGGGAAAAGGAGCAACUUGACAAGUCCCGCGUGCGCGAGUUCUAUGCAGCUCCUCUCGAAGACAACAUAUUUGAGUGGCACUUUACUCUUCUAGGUCCGGCAGACUCGCCAUACGCUGAAGGGCUUUACCACGGCGUCCUCCGUUUCUCCAACGACUAUCCCUUCAGUCCACCGGAUAUCACCUUCCUCACCACCAGUGGGCGCUUUGAGGUGGGAAAAAGUAUAUGCAGCAGCGUUAGUAGUUACCAUCCGGAGCUGUGGCAGCCACGUUAUGACAUUGCCCUCGUUCUCGUAGCAUUGCGAGCUUUUAUGGCACAGGAUGAUGAGGAGGGUAUCGGCGCUCUUGCACGCCAGUACGUGAGUGCAGAUGAGAAGCGGAGGCUCGCGCGUGAGGCGCGGAAGUUUAGUUGCGCGGUUUGUGGCAUGAAAUCGGCCGAGUCCCUCUGGCACGAAGAAAUGGAGGGCCACCCUCCCGUCGGGGCUGAAGUCGAGGCGAGUGUUCCACAAUUGCCGAAGCGCAAAAAACCGGAUGCAAAUGAAAGCGGUGACAAUGAUAAAAAAGCGAAAGCAUGUGCCGACGCCGGUAACAACACCAGCAUCAGCACCAGUGACAAUUGUAACAAUGCCACCACUGGGAGCAGUGGUGGCGGAGAGGAAGAAGCGGCGGCAACUCCCGAAACUACUGAGGACACCGCGGAAAAGGCCGAGGAGAAGUUAUUAGAUAUCGCAGAGAGGUCUGUUCAAACAGAAGAAAGAUCAGAACCCGUCGCGCCAGGCGUUCGUCUGCGUCUCGGCCAGCGCUUACUGAUAAAUCUCUCGUACUCCAUGCUUGACAACGUGAUUUGGGUGUGUUCAGCCAUUUGCUUCGCAAUCCUCGUGAAGAAAGCACUUUGGGGAUAA